AUGUCUACAUCUUUCUUCCGCAUCCACGAGCACGUGCUGCCGUGCCAGCACAUCCGCCAGUAUCCUCGAGCAACGGCCGGUGAUCAAGAGGACAUCCUGCACCUAUCAAUCAAGCAGUAUACUCCUUUAAGCAAUCCCAGGCCUCAACCUGGAGAUGUGACAAUUAUUGGCGGACAUGCUAAUGGCUUUCCAAAGGAGCUCUAUGAGCCGCUCUGGGACGAGCUACUCAAGCGAACAGAGAACUCGGGUUUCCGGAUCCGCGGCAUCUGGAUAGCAGAUGUAGCCCAUCAAGGCGCAAGUGGCGUACUCAACGAAGGCAAACUGGGCAAUGACCCUUCCUGGUUCGACCAUCCGCGAGAUUUGCUCCACAUGAUCAACCACUUCCGCUCCCAGAUGCCCCGGCCCCUCAUCGGUAUCGGCCACAGCAUGGGCGGCGCCAAUCUUGUGAAUCUUUCCCUCAUGCACCCACGAUUGCUCGAAACCCUUGUCCUCAUCGACCCCGUAAUCCAGCGCUUCAGCAACAUGAAGGGUAACCACAUGCCUGCCCAAGCAUCCGCUUUCCGACGUGAUCUCUGGCCCUCCCGCGCUGCGGCUGCCGCAUCGUUUAAGAAGAGCAAAUUCUACCAAGCCUGGGAUCCACGUGUUCUCGAUCUGUGGAUCAAACACGGCCUAAGGGAUCUGCCGACCGAGCUCUACCCUGCCACCACCAACCUCCCCAACUCCGCCGUGCCAGUAACGACCGAGCCGACCAUCGCCCCGGAGCCGCCGGAGGAGAAGCAAGUCACCCUCACGACGACGAAACACCAGGAAGUCUUCACCUUCCUGCGUCCCAAGGUUCCCCAUGACCCUUCGACCACCUCCACCCCAAACCGCCUCACCCACCCUGAUGACAGCCCCCUGGAGCACCCGCGAGCCCCCUUCUACCGCCCCGAGCCCAUCGUCAUCUUCCACAACCUGCCCUUCCUGCGGCCUUCCGUACUGUAUAUCUUUGGCACAGAGUCUGCUCUCUCGGCGCCGGAAUUUCGCGCCGAGAAGAUGGCGACUACGGGCACCGGGGUGAGUGGAAGUGGGGGCGCGGCUGAGGGGAGGGUUAAGGAGGUGUUGAUGGAGGGGGUGGGGCACUUGAUCCCGAUGGAGAGGGUCAAGGAGACGGCGGAGGCGUGUGCGGGAUGGUUGGGGGCGGAGAUGGGGCGGUGGAGGAUGCAGGAGGAGAGGGAGAGGAAGGAGUGGAGGGAUGUGCCACGGGAGGAGAAGAUAAGGUUGAAUGAGAAGAACCUGGAGUUGCUCGGAGGGCUGGAGGGGUUGGAGAGACGGGUGGCGAGGAAGGAAAAAUUGUAA